UUAUGUACGUACAUGGUAUUCAUGCUUGCCGCAUCGCCAGCUCAAGCCGAGUCAAGGGCUUUCUCCACGUACUGUGUCAUCUUGCAAGUUGCUGUUCACUCCACAGUGCCGAUUGUUUCGGUUUCACUUUCGCUCCUGACAGUAGUGAACGCUACGGAAUCAGGCCAAGCGCCGUUGGGAGCUGUGUUCGCCAUCAGGCGAGUACCUAAGCUGAGUUUGUUGAGCGGUCGUGUUUGGAGCAGCCGUUGAUGCUGGUAGUGGAUCGAGCUGAUUUGACUUGGAGCUUGCUUUGUGUCGAAGUGGUGCAGACGCGUGUGGAAAUAGAGGCGUUGGACUUAGCCAUCAACGUUACGUGGAGAGAAGAGACUGCAGCGCCAUGCCAACACAAUGGGCUGUGGAAUGGCAGUGUUGACACCGACCAGUGCAUGUGAUCACCCUUCUGUUGACCAGUAGGCAUUCAAUAGCGACUGCCUGAGCUGGAGGAUGGAUGAUCACAAGCUGAUGAUGCCUAUGGUCUGUACAUGCUCUGUUGGCCAUGGUGGUGUCCGGGACAGGGUAAUGCCAAUCAUGCUAGCAGUGAUGAUAGUACUGGCAAGCAGCAGUGUGAGGCAGUGCUCUGCACAGCAUCACCUUCAGCAGCAGCGACAGCAGCACUGGUUGCAGAUGCCCCAGCCGUCGGGCGUACCGGGAUCAUACCAGCACCGCACACAGCCAGCCCCGUCGGCGCGCAUACAGUCGCCAAUUCUCUCACAGCAACCGCCAGCACACCUCGCCCAGCCCUGGCUCGGACAACAACAACAGCAGCAGCAGCAGCAGCCGCAACAAACGCACCAGCAACCACCGUUAGGUUUCGGCAUGGGUCUGCCACAGCGACAACCUGCGGCAGGCAUGCCCGGCGCAGCUGCAGGCCCGGCGCAGCCCAAUCCCAACCCCAGUCAAGGCCAUGGUGCUGCAGCAGCACCGCCACCGCCAUCAUCUCCCCUGGACAAGGACCCUGGCUGCGGUGACUUUGCACAGCCCAAUCGCGGUCUGACCAUGCUGACGCGCGGCCUGCCGAGGCGCCUGUACGAGUGCAAGUCGUCGCCGAUCGGCUCAAUCCCGUUCGGACAGUUCCAGCGCAACUGGCUGCGCAUGACAUGGAACAUUGUACUGCCCGUGAACCAGGCCGGGCAAACAGCCGCCAGCAUUUUCUACUGGAACACAUCGAUAGUGUUCGACACGCCAGUGCAAGUGGGAAGAGUGGACGGGAGUAGCCUGGUGUCCGACUCAACCUCACAACUAGGCAGUGCACGCCCGUCAGUCGCCGGCUCGCAGCUGCUGCCCUCGCUGAAGUCGACGACACAGAAGUUCGAGGGAACGUCCUCGUUCAAGCGCUUCUCGGGCUUCAGCGCCCCGCUCGUCAGCUUCACAUUCGAGUACUUCUCCGACGGGCUGACGGCGCAGAGUGCUGCAGCGGUGCAGGCAGUGGUGGUGGCCUGCGAGGGCUGCGAGACAAUUCUCUACCUGCGACCGAACAAGCACUCGUCGCCAGGACAACAGUCCCCGCAGCCGGCGACCACAUCGGCACCGCCACCGCCGCUACGGCCUGGCGGCUGGAAUGGCGCCCAUGGGAAGCGGAUAAAUGACCUGAGCGGUGGUCUGUUGCCACAACAACCACCGUCGAUCGGUGCCGGCAAUACGGCGAAUGACAGAAGCGAGCAGGCGACAUCCAAUAUCGGUCAGCCACGCGCAGCACCUGGACCAUCACCGCGACAGGGUGGCGGCUCGCGAAAUCGGCUACACUUGGGAAACCGUGUUCCCGAUCAGGGGAGCAUUGCCGCGGACGACGACGGUGGAGGCGGAGGUGGAGGUAUCGCGGCCGGAGUCGUAAUACCUCUGCUGCUCCUCACUGCAGGGCUGGGUGCGUACUUUCUGUACAAACGACGUCAGAAGGGAAAGGGUGAUGAUGCAGAUCGGGCUAAAGCUGCCAGUAGACCAAGCAAUGACGAUGAUGGUGCGGAAAGAACGUGGCAGGGCCGGGUCUCGCUAAUGGCAGCCAAUGUCUGCUUGGCGAUUACAAGCAUCCGCAAUCAGUUCCGUCCGGAGAAUAUCGUGCCGCCCAAACAAGCCGCACCCGACACGCGACAACCAGUUGUCCAAAACAACAAACUAAGGCCAAUCGGCAUGCAGUCGGAAACGGCAGGGCUUCGCCGGCCACCGUUGCCAAACAACCUGCGCCUGCAAGAUCGUCAGGGCGGUGGUGGUAGACCCAACCAUGCCGGCAUGGCAUCGGUAGCCAUGCCAACAACGGCCAUGGCAACUGCAGGCAUUGCCGGCACCAGCGGCAACAGCCACUGGGGAUCGGCGGUGGACGAUGGUUACGAUGACGUGAUCGUGGCCAACAAUCACGUGACGGCACGGUUUGUUGACUACGGCCCGACUGCCGGGGGGUCUUCCAAUCCCAGUAUGAUAUACAACUCCACCAACCCCAGUAUGACGUACAACUCCAGUCAGGCCACGG